CAAUCAACGCAUGUAGACAAACCUCUCUCCUGGUUUUUAAUCCCCUCUCUCCCCGAUUACAGAAUGGACAGAGUUGCGGGGCUCUGAGGAGUGACAUGUGGAAGACACAAUGAUAGCUUUAAAAACUCUGCUGUUUUUCUGGAUAUGUGACUGUGUUCUUCAAGCCUUAAUUAUGGCAACAGCUCAGCUUUGGAGUUUACGCUUUGCAUGCCUAUGUUUCAGUCCUUGGCAUCUGCAGUUAAAAUCUUCUCAGACAGUAGGGCUGCAAAAGAUGUCUUUCUGCCUGAGACCCCGAAAGAGCUGCUUCCAGUGGGAGUGGACGGUGCUAUGCUAGAUGAAUCUGUGUUCUAUUCUGUGCCCAAUAAAAAUGGAAACAUCACACAUCCAUCCUCAGCAGCUUCCACAGGUAUAUCUAAAUGGGUCACUCCUCCCACAAAAGGUCUCCUGGAUGUAAAGACAGAAUUUCUCACUGUCCCUUCCCCUACAGAAGAGAAAUCAGCAGCACUAACAGUGGCAGCAUCUGGUGUUAUCAGCUUCAUUGCCAUUCUGGUGGUGAUUGUAAUUAUCUUGGUCAGUGUGGUCAGCCUAAGAUUCAGGUGUCGUCAUUGCAAAGAUGUGGAAGGUAAACAAAAACCUCAUCAUCCAAUGGUAUCUUACAGCUGCUCUGAUGCUGAAGCUGCAGUUGGCAAGAAAAAUGUCAUGCUGGUCUCCAUGAAGGAUUUAAACAUAAGCAACAGUCAAGGUGCUGCAAAAGUGACAAUUGCACAUGAAGAAUGAGAAAACGUUUUUAAAAUUUGCAACAUUGUUUUUUUAAUCACAGUGGGGGGAUGCAGUAAGGUAUUUAAUUGCUAUUCCAUCUGGAAUAUAAACAUGUGAAGCUGUCUUAUAAAUCAGACCAUUGGUUCAUCCAGCCUAAUAUUGUUUACUUUGGCUUGUGGUGGCUCUCUAAGGUAUCAGGCACAGGUCUUUCCCACCUGAUCCUUUAAAUGGAGAUACUGCGGAUUGUACCUGGGACUUUCAUUUCCUGCAUGCAAAGUACACACUGUACUAUUGAGCUAUGAUCCUUCUUAGCUAUGGUUUUCAGCUGCCAAGAAUACUAUAUUCUUUCUUUUAAAAAGUACUCAUAUUAGGUUUUUAGUAUAUUCCCACCAAUUCUUGAGAGCAAAAUGAACCAACCACAACUUCCUUGCUCCAAGUUCUUUUUAUUGUGGCAGUUGUUAGUUUUGUUGUAUAGUAUGCCUCUACAAUCCCCUUUUAAUUUCAAUGGACCACACAAAAUACCUAUCUUAGAAGAGGGAUGGACGGAUGCAGAUAUAUUUUUAUGCACAAGCUCCCUUCUCCCUUGCUUAUCUGUGCUGGGAGGUGUCAUUGCACCCCAGCUGUAGGAGUGAGAUAGAAAUUCCUGGUAAAUUUUUGCGUCUGAAAUCCUGGGCAGAGUAUCUGAAAGGGGAAUCUGAAAGGAUGGGUGCUAUUUAUCUGCCCUUUAUUCUUUGUGUUUCCUGUGUCUGCUGUCUAUUAUGCAAAGUUUCAUAUCAUCAAAGUCCCCACUCUACUCUCUAGAGUUGGUGGCAAAAUGAUGUGGUCCCAUGUCUUGAUGAACGAGAGCAAAGUUCUCUGGCUGGCUCUUUUAUAUUCCUGCAUGUACUGCAAACAGCUGCAAAAAACCUUGUCCUCACAUAUGGUUGGAGGAUGGUUUGGGGAAAGGGGGUCUGUUGUCUAGGGUUCUCCAUUAACUCUAAUGCAGAGGUAACAUUACACCAUAGUUGUGGACAGGACCAACUCUCCUAGGAAGCAUAACAUUAUGUCCAACUUCCAUUGCUCCUCUGCCUAGUUUUCUCCAUUGUGCUGGUGAAAUCCCACGAAUAUAAGAGUUAGACUAGAUGUAGCAUCCUCUCUGCUGAAAGGUAUUGUUCCACCAGCAUAGUACUGUGGUCAAUCAGCACACAGGUAUUUGAGAACAAUUAUAUCCCACCCAAUGGGCAUGUCAGCAAUAGGAUCACACUGAUACUUGGAAUGCAAAUUAAUCUAGGUAUUAUACCAAUUUCAUCUCUUCCUUCUAAAUUAAUUUAUUCUGCCUGUUACAUUCUGAAUUGCUGUCUAUGUGUUAGGUGGAAACUAACGGCCUGAUCAUAACAGCCAAUCCUUUUCACAGCUAUAUUUGUUAGGGAUUUGUGCAUAGUUCUAGUCUAUUUGGGAUUUUUAUCCUGCUCUUCAAAAGGUUUUUCCCCCAGGGUAGUUACUAGCUUUGCAAACACAUACAAACCAAAACUACAUGAAGCCUCUCUCAUCUAUAAUAUAUCUAGACACUGGCUUCCCACCACCUCCUGCUAUUGCAACAACAAAACACAAAACAGAAUAUUAGUCUUUUAUGAUUACUGAUGUAUUCCAUCUUUCAACAAGAAAGGCAUGAUUUUAAUAUUACUUAACAAUAUGUUAAAAAUUAGCCAGGUAGGCUUCAGUGUUAAUACAGUUAUACAAUUUUACUGAUUUGAUACGUGACUACUCGUUUGCUAAACUUUCUUCUGCAAGAUUUUUUUUCACGAGCCACCUACAAACUGGGAAUCAAAAACACAAAUAGCUUAACUUGUACAUUCUUAACAGCUGAUUGUGAAAACAAAAGUAAAUGCUUGUCCUAGAAGAGUAGUUUUCUUGACAUUUUGUUUUGAGAAGUCUAUAAGGAAAGAGCAGAACUGGUUGGAUCCACUGCUCUGUAUAAAGGACAAGUCAUAGCAAAAUGGGAAAAGCCUAAGUUUUGUUUCAAUUCCAUCAACUGCAGACUAUAGUCAGAUAAGUCUCGUUCACAGACUUCACUCACAAAAACUAACAUAUCUAGGUAGAAAGCAGCAAUUUUUCAGUCUUCUAAAAUAAUCGGGAAAGGCUAGGUAAUCAGUGAAGAUCCACACAGCACUGUCUAAAUGAAGUUAUUCGUCUCAAGGCCACAGCAGUUUUCAACACAGGGAGUGGAGUUAGUAAUUCAUAUCCAUAUUGUGUCCCCUAGUGGACAGCAAAGGUAGCUUUCUUCAAGCUAAAGUUGGACCAAUUGAUGGAAAGUCUUUGCCUUGUCUGUCUGGCAGAAUCCAAGCAGAAUCUGUAGAGAAAAUACAAUUACUAGCUAUUUAAAAUAUAACUUGUUAAUACUUGAGUGGAGUUGUCUAAAAUUAAAAAAGGGUACAUUACCACCAACUCUAUGUGGAAGGACUAAUGAUUUGACAUAACAAAUAGCAUCAGUGAGUAUUCUAAAAGAUAAAAAUUCCUUAAAACAGUCCUAAGUAAAAAAAAACUCUUCUAAAAAUAAUGGAUGGAAUUCAACGCUAGUCCUACUCAGAAUAGACAGAAUAGUUUAGACAUAACUGAGGCUUGUUAAUUUUAAUGGGUCUACUCUGAGUAGGACUUGGUCCCAAUGCUAUUAUUCACACUGGGAUACAUUUUAAAGAGCCCCUUGCUUGCAUUUUGCAAGGAGUGACUGAAUGAGUCAGUGAGCAGAGCCAAUGUUCCUUUCAAAAGACAGCCACUAUUAAAAAUGCGUUGUUGAGAUCUAUAGGCUAUGAACAAACACUGAUUGGGCUAAAACAGGGAUGGGGAAUCUUUGGCUCUGCACAUGUUGACUUCAGUUCCCAUCAGCCCCAGCCUACAUAGUCAGUGGUCAGGAAUGAUGGAAGUUCUAGUCCAACAGCAUGUGGAGGGCCACAGGUUCCCCAACCCUGGGCUAAAAGGUCCCAAGGUUGGCACAAGGGUCCACAUUGGAAUUUGAUCCCAGUUCCACUACUGACUUCACUAGCAUAACUAACAUUGCCUGAUGCCCAGUCUUCAUCAUAAGGUCUUUGGACCCUAAUUAUUGAUGCAACUAUGCAGCACUAUCUGAGUACAGGUUCAAAUCCCUACUGAGCCAUCUGCUUGGACAAAUCAUGCUUUCAGUCAGAGCUUGGAAAAGUUACUUUUUUUGACCUACAACUCCCAUCAGCCCCAGCCAGCACAGCCACUGGAUUGGGUUGAUGGGAGUUGUAGUCCAAAAAAGUAACUUUUCCAAGCUCUGCUUUCAGUAUACCUACCUCAUAUGUAUAGUGUAAAAAAAAAGCAAUAGGGUACACAGUUAACACAUGCAGAAUAAACACAUUUAUGUGUUUUUCCUUUGAGUCACAGAUUUAUUAUUACAUAAAUACAAAGACAGAACAGUACAACAGUGGCCUUAUGGACUCUCCCUCCCCUUUGCUGUAAUGUGUAAAAGCAGUAACUAGGUGUUUUGUGAGUUUUAGUUUGUCCAUCCUGUGUUUCUGUAGUCUUUCUAAAAUAGUUCAGAACACUGUAGUUAUGGGUUACUUGUGACAAAACUGAAUAAAGAGUACUUUGUUGCUAAAGACCAAAGUAUUCAUGAGUAACACAACAGAACUGAGUGACUUUGACAGAAAUAAAUAAAUACAUUUUAUUUUAUGUGCCCUUCAAGCUGCUAAGAAGAGAUGGCUGCUAAGAGCCGUGGAAAUUCUUCCACAAUUUCAUCAGCGAGAAGAAUAGAGAGAUACUGACUUGCUUUUUAAAAAAAUACACUACUAACCAUGUAACAGGUGAAAAUAAAAAGAAAGCAAUUCUACUUAGCAGUGGUGGAUAAACAUACAAUUUAAUGAGCAAUCUGUUAAUUUCUGAAAAGCCAAAACAAAAGACAGAACUUUCCAUUUGUAACUAUGUUGAAGAAUAAUUUUAGUCUAACGCUAGGUGAAAUAGUAGAAUUAUUUAAAUUUAAAAGAGGGCUGAGGAGACUUUACCACAGCUUGUGGCAGAACUGAGGACUGAUUAUCUCAGAUGUUAAGAGGAAGACUAAUCGUUGGGAUUACUGGUCUUGCUUGCAGGUCACUUUGAACUAUGGUUAAGCUAAGUUAUGGUUUACAUGUGGAUGCGCAAGAUAAUGGUAUAAACUCCUGGAAUUGAAGGCAUUUCACUCCUCUCCUGCUGCCUAGAAACAAGUCAUGGGCUGGCUUAGUAUUGAAAAAAGAAUUGACUGCUUUCAAGUCGAUUCUGACUUAUGGCGACCCUAUGAAUAGGGUUUUCAUGGUAAGCGGUAUUCAGAGGGGGUUUACCAUUGCCUUCCUCUGACGCUGAGAGGCAGUGACUGGUGUGUAAUGGAGGAGGAAUGCUCUGGGAUGAAUUCCUGUUACUUUUUUUGCAGGUGCCCCCCUCCCAGUGUCCCUCUGCCUGUCUCUACAGCCAAUCAAGCCACCGCAAUUCCCAAGCACCAAGCAUGCUUGGCUUUUAAAAGCUACGCCCUUUCCUCUUGCCUUAGGAGAGACAUGGAGAAUCCAGCAACUUCAGCAGUCACUACAAAUCUACAAAUCUCCUUGCAUGCUAAUUGGGUCCCACUGUCUGUUGUUGUGGGGCACUAAUGUAGUGACAAAUUCUGAAGUGCAGGGUCCCUUCAUAACAGUCAAUGUCAUGCCCACUCACGCCCUUCUAAGAUUAUAGAAUAAUCUGGCGAGCCUUGAAUACUGCUUUCUGUUUCUCUGUCACUUGACUGUCCUUUCUCACUGUCAGAUAUAUUGUUUGAAUUACUGAAUUCAGUGUCUACACGUUUAUCUCCUGCUGCUACCAAACUGCUUGGAUAAUGCAGAUGAGAUGUUAGCAGAAUUCACUGUCUCUUCUUCUGUAAUUACAGAAUUCUCUCUCCACAACCUGACUUUUUGAAGUAGGCACUAAUUAGAACUCCUUUCACUCUGAUUGGCUCCAAUCAGCAGAAAUGCAAGGAAGGUAGAAGUCUCUUCUCAGUGGUUAACACACUCCCCUUUUAUGCCGAUUGGCUCAUAGGAUGCUGGAGACAUAGUAACUCUGCUGGGACCUGGCUCCCAAAAAAGUAAGACCCCUGAGACCCUGGACAACUACAACCCUGUUGUGGGGAGGAGAGAAACAUGAGGAGGGAGGAAGUCAGUAGGAGUUGAGAGAGAGGUUUACAGAGAAGAGUGGGGACAACCAAGCCUGGUUUAAGAAGGGGUUUGCAUCAGAAUCUUACUAAAACGAAGGGCUUUCAAACAGUCGCAUGCAAACUUACAGCAGCCAAAGUGAACGGUGGGUGAAG